GGAAAGGCGGAAUCUAGUUUGGAGGCACUGCAGCGAGAGAAAGACGCUCUUCAAAGAGCCCAAUCUAUGAGUAGUGAGGAGAAGACUCUUAGGAAAGAAAUCGAGAUGUUGAGGGUAAGGAAUGACAAGGGAAGGAUAGCUGAUGCGGUUUUGGAAAGCUCCAGGAGUGAUGAAAUUGCCGCGCUCCGUUUGCAGAUACAUGAACGCGAAGGUGUCCACGCGGCGCUCCAGGAUCGCAGUAACGAGUUGUGCAACCUGAAAGCAGAGAACUCGACGCUCAAGAAAGAUUUCUUGGAUCUUAAAGGGGAGAUCGUCGAGCUUAAAAACGCCAAUAAUAAGCGGGCGUCUGAAGCGGUCACUGAAAAGAGCCCGCCAGCGGAACCUAAUACGGGUAAGGAAAGGAUGGUUCCGAUUGGCGAAGCCGUCUACACUCCUAAAGAUUUGGAUGCUCUACACAAGGCAUACAAGAAGGCACAGGCGGGGAAAGAGAUUGCUAAUAGGGAAGUACAAGCUCUUAAAGAGCGAAUGGCACACUUGGGAUUUCAGUUGCUGACGAAGCAGCGUCAAUCGGCAAGAAGGCCGUUAAUGAGGAAGACUACACCUCGGAAUCUGAGGCCUGCGCUCAGGGCUGUCCACGUUGAGCACGAAGAAUCAGAUAAGGAAGCAGAUCCUGUGAAGGCGACACACAUUGAGGAAGUCCUUGAGAAACCUAAGGAUGUGCAGCUGAGGAAGAUGCAAGAAGAAGAGAGGCGAGCACUACGAGCAACCAAGAAAGCCGAGAUGCAGAGCCCGUGCGAAGAAGAAGGGAUUACCUAUAUCAAGCUCGACCAAGCUAGGGCCGAUGUCGGUGAGAUCCGAGCAAGGAGAAGAUUUGUGCAAUGGCUGAAGGAACAUGGUCUUCAAGAUGACGAAGAUGAUGAUCAGGACCAGCACUAUGCCACCUCCGCGGAAGACGUCAAAGACGAGUGAGAAUGCGCCCUGAGCAUAUC